CGGAAGCCACACCGGAGAACCACCCCACGAAAAAAAUCCCCCGAGAAUACCAAACCGAACUCAGCAACCUCCACCAUGUCCAUGUCCAUGGCCACCACCGCCCUCCUCCGGCUCGCGCCGCUGCCGCCGCACGCCCGGCUCCUCGCCCCGAGCUCCAAGAAACCCUCCCUCCUCCUCGCGCCCCUCGGCAGCGGCCGCCGCGCCCUGCGGCUCGCGAGGGCCGCCGGCGACGGGCUCGCGGACCAGACCGUCUACAACGGCGUGUACGGGCCCUGGUCCGUGGACGACGCCGACGUGCGGGAGGUGCUGCUUUACCGGGCCGGGCUGGUCACGGCCGCCGCGUCCUUCCUGGUGGCCGCCUCGGGGGCGUUCCUGACGGAGGGGAACGCGGUCGGCGACGCCGUCCGGCAGGGCGCCGACCUCUUCUACGCCGCCGGGGCCGGGGGGCUCGGGCUGUCGCUGGUGCUCAUCCACAUCUAUGUCACCCCCAUCAAGCGGUUCCUCCAGGCGCUGUGGGCGGUCGGCGUGCUCGGCUCCGUCGGCACCUACGCCCUCGCCGCGCGGCCGCUCGACGAGGGGCUCGUCCGGUACGUGCUCGAGCACCCCGGGGCGAUGUGGUUCGUCGGGCCCACCUUCGCCGCGCUCACAGGCCUCGUCUUCAAGGAGGGUCUCUGCUAUGGAAAAUUGGAAGCUGGUAUCUUGACGUUUGUUAUCCCCAUCCUUCUUCUUGGACACCUGUCUGGCUUGAUGGACGAUGGAACAAAAUUGAGCCUCUUAGGAGUGUGGAUGUCACUCUUCACUGUGUUCGCCGCUAGGAAAUUCCAGCAGCCCAUUAAGGACGACAUCGGCGACAAGUCCGUUUUCAUAUUCAACGCCCUCCCCGAAGAGGAAAAGAAGGCUCUGCUGCAGAGGCUCGAGGCGCCAACUGAGCAGAAGUUUGAGUAGCUGGUAUCAUCAAGCAAGCAUGACCACGGUAGCUAGUCGAUGGACGCCUGUACAGGUGCCCUCCCGAGGAGGAAGACAAAAUUCUGCUAGCGAGGCUUGAGGGCCAGGCUGAGCUAUAGUUGUAGCAGGCACAACGCUGAUAGAUAGCUAGUGGAUGGAUGCCUGCAACAGUAAGUGUAUUUAUAUGGUAGAUUUGGAAAUCUGAGCAUACAGAGAUGACAAUACAGUAAAUGUGAUGUAGUCACAGAUCUAUGAGGUUGCAUGUAAAAUUUGCCAGCCGCUGGGGUCGGGAAAUUUCAUAAUUAGAGGCUGCAACCCUGAAACUCUGAAACUGAAGCAUCUGUUUCUUCAGUUUCAUUGCUACAUUGCCGGUUUGCAUCUGUUUUAAUGAAACAAAGGAAAAGCCAGUAGUUCUUUCAA